GCGGGGUGUCAUGGCGGCCUGCAGGCAGUGCUGCUCGUAUCUGAGGCUCCGGCCGCCGGGCUGCGGUCCCCUCGGUCCCCUCGGCCGGCCCGGGCGGAGUCGGCCGCUCACCUAUUUGCAGGCGCGAGCGCUGUGGAGCAGCACCGGGUCCCGAACGGUGGCCGUGGACCUGGGCCACAGAAAAUUAGAAAUAUCCUCUGGAAAACUGGCAAGAUUUGCAGAUGGCUGUGCAGUGGUACAGUCAGGCGACACAGCAGUGAUGGUCACAGCAGUCAGUAAAACAAAGCCUUCACCCUCCCAGUUCAUGCCCCUGCUGGUUGACUACAGACAGAAGGCUGCUGCAGCAGGUAGAAUCCCCACAAACUACCUUAGACGGGAGAUUGGCUCUUCUGACAAAGAGAUUCUUACAAGUCGAGUAAUAGAUCGUUCAAUUCGACCUCUCUUUCCAGCUGGCUAUUUUUAUGAUACUCAGGUAAUAUGUAAUCUGCUAGCAGUAGAUGGCAUCAAUGAACCCGAUGUCCUAGCAAUUAAUGGUGCUUCUGUAGCCCUCUCCUUGUCAGACAUUCCUUGGAAUGGACCUGUCGGGGCAGUACGAAUAGGAAUGAUUGAUGGAGAAUGUGUUGUUAACCCGACAAGGAAAGAGAUGUCUUCUAGCACUUUAAAUUUAGUGGUUGCCGGAGCACCUAAAAGCCAUAUUGUUAUGCUGGAAGCCUCAGCAGAAAACAUUCUACAGCAGGACUUCUGUCAUGCUAUCAAAGUUGGAGUGAAGUAUACCCAGCAGAUAAUUCAGGGCAUCCAGCAGUUGGUAAAAGAAAUUGGUGUUGCCAAGAGGACACCCCAGAAGAUAUUCACCCCUUCACCAGAGAUUGUGAAGUAUGCUCACAACCUCGCCAUGGAGAAACUCUAUGCAGUUUUUACGGAUUAUGAACAUGAUAAAAUUUCUAGAGAUGAAGCUGUUAACAAGAUAAGACUAGACACAGAGGAGCAACUAAAGGAAAAAUUUCCAGAGGUCGACCAAUUUGAAAUAAUAGAAUCCUUCAAUGUUGUUGCAAAGGAGGUUUUCAGAAGUAUUAUUUUGAAUGAAUACAAAAGGUGUGAUGGACGGGAUUUGACUUCACUUAGGAAUAUAAGUUGUGAGGUAGAUAUGUUUAAAACACUUCAUGGAUCAGCAUUGUUUCAAAGGGGACAGACACAGGUGCUCUGUACUGUUACAUUUGAUUCAUUAGAAUCCAGUAUUAAGUCAGAUCAAAUUAUAACAGCUAUAAAUGGGGUAAAAGAUAAAAAUUUCAUGCUGCACUAUGAGUUUCCUCCUUAUGCAACCAAUGAAAUUGGCAAAGUUACUGGUGUAAAUAGAAGAGAACUUGGGCACGGUGCUCUUGCUGAGAAAGCUUUGUUUCCCGUUAUUCCCAAAGAUUUUCCUUUUACCAUAAGAGUCACAUCUGAAGUCCUUGAGUCAAACGGGUCAUCUUCUAUGGCAUCUGCAUGUGGUGGAAGUUUGGCAUUAAUGGAUGCAGGGGUCCCAAUUUCAUCUGCUGUUGCAGGUGUAGCAGUGGGAUUGGUUACCAAAACCAAUCCAGACAAAGGGGAAAUAGAAGAUUAUCGUUUGCUGACAGAUAUUCUGGGAAUUGAAGAUUACAAUGGUGACAUGGAUUUCAAAAUAGCCGGUACAAAUAAGGGAAUAACUGCAUUACAGGCUGAUAUUAAAUUACCUGGAAUACCAAUUAAAAUUGUAAUGGAAGCCAUUCAGCAAGCAUCAGUGGCAAAGAAGGAGAUUUUACAGAUAAUGAACAGAGUAAUUUCAAAACCUCGAGCAUCUAGAAAAGAAAAUGGACCAGUCGUAGAGACAAUUAAAGUUCCAUUAUCAAAACGAGCAAAAUUUGUUGGACCGGGUGGAUAUCACAUAAAAAAACUUCAGGCUGACACAGGUGUAACAAUUAGUCAGAUUGAUGAAGAAACCUUCUCCAUAUUUGCACCAACACCUAGUGCAAUGCAUGAGGCAAGAGACUUCAUUACCGAAAUUUGCAGAGAUGAUGAAGAGCAACAGUUAGAAUUUGGAGCAGUUUAUACCGCUACAAUAACUGAAAUCAGAGAUACUGGCGUAAUGGUAAAACUGUACCCAAACAUGACUGCUGUGCUACUUCAUAACACGCAACUUGACCAGCGAAAGAUUAAACAUCCCACUGCCCUAGGAUUAGAAGUUGGUCAAGAAAUUCAGGUCAAAUACUUUGGCCGUGAUCCAGCUGAUGGAAGAAUGAGGCUUUCCCGCAAAGUCCUUCAGUCUCCAGCUAUAACUGCUGUCAAAACUCUAAAUGAUAGAAGCAGCAUUGUAAUGGGAGAGUCUAUGUCACAGUCAUCAUCUAACUCUUCCCCUUGACUCCUUUUGGAAAUGGGACUGUAAACUGCUAAUAAUUUGGGAAAAAAUGAAGCCAGUUCUUGGAACUCAAGAGGGGUACCACAGAAUUUAAAUGGACAGCUCACUAAUGCCAACAGCAGAAGCACCCUCAUUUCUGCAUAAACCAGCAGCCUACCAUUCGAGCCAGACUUCCCUUCAUCUUUAUUCAAAUCAUGGUCGUUUUUCAUAAUUUCUAAUGAUACUUUUGUUUUUGCUUUUUUGGGAGGCAGCAUUUCUCUGUGUCGCCAAGGGUGUCCUGGAACUUGCUUGGUAGACCAGGCAGGCCUUGAACUCAGAUCCACCCGUGCCUGCCUCCUGAGCGCUGGGAUUAAAUGUGUGCACCACCACCACCAGGCCCUGUAAUUAAGUUUUUAAUCUGAGCCUAUCAUAUGCCAAAGACUAAUUUAUAGUACCUGAAUACUGCUAUUUGCAAAUUGAUCUUUUAUGACCUUUUUUUGACAUACCAUGAAUUAGUGUUCAAAUUUAUAUAUAUAUAUAUUUGUUUUGUGCACUUAGAAGCCAUUGUAUGUGUGUGGGGAUCUGGACAACUUGUAGGAUGUUGGUUCACUCACACUGUGUGGGUUCCAGGAGACAAACUCAGGGCAUCAGACUUCACAAUAAUCAUUGUACCUUUCCUUGCUCAGCCAUCUGACUUGCUUAAAUUAUGGUUUUUAUGUGACUAUUUUCUUUCCCUUCCAAAACAUUUUAAAUUUCUGGAUCUAAGAUAGAAGCGUGAACAUGCGCCGCCCUCUGUUGGGCUCAGCCAAGUGUCACAUUCACUCAGCAGCUGCUAUGGACUGAGCACUAGGCAUGGACAGGGGAUGUCCGCCAACAGCCGAAGCUCGUGUUCACUUCUGCUCGAGAAAACCGGCAGUAAGCAAGGAUGUAACAUCUGACAAAGAAGCAGGUACUGUAAUAGAGGAGUUGGAGUCAUCUGUCCUACUGCUGCAGUGUAGACUAUGAACAAGAUCAGCUUGGGGAGGGAAAGAUUUAUUUGGCUUACACUGCCCAGAUCACAAUCUGCUGAGGAAAGCUAAGGGAAGAAAGUAAAACAGGUUAUGAGGAAUACUUUUACUGGCUUGCCCCCAAUAUAUAUAUAUUUUGGUGGGGGGGGGGGGGUAUCAAGACAGGGUUUCUCUGUAGACCAGGCUGUAAAGGUGUGCGCCACCACCGCCCAGUAGCCCCGCCUGCUCUCUUAUGCCAUCUAGGACCAACUACCCCAGUGAACUAGGCCCCGGCACAUCAAGCAUUAAUCAGUAAAAUGCCCCCAUAGCCUUGACAAUUGGCCAAUCAGAUGGAAGCAUUUUCUUGUUUGAGGCUCCCUUUCCCCAGAUAAUCCUGGCUUGUAUAAAG